GCGUUGAUAAGAACACACCCGACUGUUUGCAACAACAUUGAAUCCAAAGUUCAGAUAGACAGUCAUGAAGCUUCAGCUGGACCUGCUGUGUUUUUGCCUGCUGUGUUUCACUGGAAAAACUCUUUAUGAUGAAAAAGGACCAGCGGCCAUCAAAGUGGUGGUGUCAGAAGGGAGUGAUGUUACAUUACCCUGUUCCCUCAGCACCAAGGAGAACAUCGAGCAGAAACUCUUUGUCUGGAGGAAAGAUGAUGGUAUGAUGGGGGUGUUCAUGUAUGAUAAAGGCCUCCAUCACAACAACGGUGGUUCAGGUCAAGAUGAGCAGUUCAAAGGUCGAGUCUUUCAUUUCCAAGAUGAGAUGAAACACGGCAACGCCUCCAUCAUCAUCAGAACUACAAAGAUGGCUGACAGUGGAGACUACACCUGCUUUUUUCCACUUCUUCAGACACCUCAAAUUUUCCACAUUGAUCUUGUUGUUGUUUCAUCUCCAAAGCCAUCUGUCACAGUCCUCAAAGGGACAUAUCAUUGGAUGCAGCUGCAGUGUGAGGUUCAUGGUGCUUCUCCAAAACCUAAAGCAGAGUGGAAGGACAGUGAUGGAAACAUCCUUCCUGCUGAGGAGACACAGGUCACAGACAGAGGAGGCAGCUAUGACAUCAUCCUCCAAACUACUGUGACCGAGACCGACCGCUAUCGCUGUGUUGUCACACAGGAGGAAAUCAACCAUCAGAUUCAUGCUGAGAUAUCUGUGGAUAUCACUGACAACAGCAGGAGCAAUAUUAAUGUUAAAUGGCUUAUUGCUGCUGCAAUUUUAGCCUUCUUUGGGCCUGCUGCAGUUUGUUUUUUUUGGUGGUCUCGCGGGCUCAACAAGAGGAUUGAUAGAGCGACACAGCUCCAGAAAUUUGAACAUCUGAUGAAAACUAAUGUUCAACGCAUUGCCGACUGUGGUACGAGGACUCAGACUGAACCUGAGGAUCUUCAGUCAUGUUCUGGUUCAGAGGGUUCCAAGGUUGUAGAGAGAGAGAAGGAGCAGCAACUACUGAAUAUGGGUGCACAUGACUCACAGGCAGCAGCACCCCCCGAUUCGACGUCGUAGAGGAGUGUUUGUGUGUGUGUGUGUGUGUGGGGGGGGGGGGUAUGUUUGAGUGUAGUUGAGUGUACGUCACAGCUGACAAACAGCUCUGCAUUACACCUUCCAGGUGCGGCUGAUUGCUGGCAGGUGAGUUUAGAUGUGUUUGUGUGUUCAGAUUCCAUUUAAUGUUGGUUUGAAGCUGUUUUUAUGACCUCUGAGGUUGGAGUCAUUAUGUUUUUGGUUCAUCGUCCGUAUCAUUCUUGUGAAUGUGAUAUCUCAAGAACAUCUUGAGGGAAUCUUUUUUAAAAUUUGGCACCAACAUCCACUUGGACUCAAGGAUGAACAGAUUGAUUUUGGUGGUCAAGAUCACUGUGACCUCACAAAACAUGAUUUUUGGCCAUAACUCAAAAAUGUGUACACUAGUUAUAAUAGCAUUUGUGUCAAAUUAAUAAUAGGAUAAAAUGAUUAGGGCUGUAGUCAACCAAAGAAAAUCUUGGUCGACUAAAGUUGCACAUAAUCUUCAACUAAUCGAUUUGUCAUGGGGAAAAAAAAAAUCUGCACGUUAUUUUUACUUCUGGUGGUCUGUCUGUGUCACUCUGCAGUUACACCUCCAAAACACUAGUUGGCGGUGGAGGACUGUGUUAAGUGCUGUAAAGUUUAGUUCAAAUUAAACUUUAUUUAUAUAGUUGAUUCAAAACACACAUUAAACAUGGCUUAAUAGAGACAGUUUCAAACACAAGUACACAAAUCAGCUUCACUAUAACUCGCAGCAUUCACAGACAAACACUUGUCUUUAUCUGGACACAUUUUCCCCACAAAUACAACAUGCUAACGUUAUUAGCACAAGUCUAUGGCAUUUUACAUUGUAUAAAUUAGCCUAGCAGCUAGCAGAGAUUUCCUCUGCUCAUAUGAAGCCAGGAUAAAUCACACACAAGACUUAAAAUGCUAUUUUAGUGGAGGCUUUAUUGUCUUCACAAUUUAUUAUUUCUUAUCUGUGAAAUACAAGUAAAUACAAGCUUUGUUUCCACUGAGGGAAAUGGUUUCAGCUUACAGAAACAGACAGGAGGUCUGCGUCACUGCGACGCUGAGCGUGAGGGUGGGCGAGUUCAACUUUCUGUCAACAAGGGGGGUGUUUCGAAAACACCCCCAUUUUCACAGGUAAUAGUGUUGUGUCGUUCGUGAACGAAUCGUUCAAAAGAACAAAUCUGUUUAGUGAACGUACUGAACUAAAUCACUUCCGGAACUGAUUAGUUCAUUUCUCAGUUCAGUUGAGCUCAGCAGCGAGCAUGCAGGCCAGGAGUGGAACUCCCGAUUUGGUCUGUGCGAACGAUGAAUCACUCGCGAGUAGUGAAGCAGCCAGGGUGCAGGAGGGACUGCCUCGGUGAACGAAUCACUCGGUGAGCGAUGUAACCACGAUCCCUGAGUGAUUCAAAUAAUUUCUUCUCAGUGAUACACUUUCAUAGGGACUGUUUUCUCCAAGCUAAAGGCUAAUGUAGCCAGGAGUCACGCUACAUGAACACAUUCACACACCUCCCCAUUGUUUUACCAGACUUAGUUUCCAGAUAAAAAAACUUAAAACGUUAGGCUGGCCAGUAAUGAGACUCACCAGUGCAGGGCAGAUGCAGCAGCAGCAACAGAGAGGGACUGAGUCGGACUACGCAGUGCACAGUCAGGGCUCCUCCCGCCAAGCACUGAACGAUUCGGUGAACAAAUCUUUUGAACGAAUCUUUUUAAUGAGCUGAUUCUAGUGAUUCAGUAACAUCUAAAGAACUGCAUUGCCCAUCGCUAACAGGUAACUUAGCCUGUCCCCCCGCCGCAGGAAAUAAUGGAUUAAUCCUGGAAAGCUGUUGAUGUAGCACUGUCUCCUUAUGAAAGUAACACGGCGAUUAUUCAACUUGUGAGAAUUUGGUCGGAUGAGACCAUAGCGACCAAAUAAUCGACUAGUCGACCAGGAGACUACAGCCCUAAAAUGAUGAAGUCAUUUUAUAUAACAAAGGACAGCUUCACAGCAACAUCAUAAUGUUAUCUGGCCAUAAACUACUACUGAUGCUGAAUUUGUGAAUUUUGGGUGUCCACCUUUAAACUGUGUUGAUGGUAUGAAUCAGUGUUUGUCAACCUUCUUCCUGAAAGGACCUGUUUUCUGUUAUUGAGUAAACUGAAGACCGUUGAUGAAGCGAUGUAUUUUAUGGAUAUUUUGUAUUAUAUUCAGUGCAUAACAAUAACAGUACAGAACAACUGAUAAAUCCAAACAGUGAACACAACACCUGCAAGUUGUUUCUGUAAAAAUGAGAAAUUUGAUUUUUGUUUUUUACUUUGAAUUUUUUUGUGAUGUUUUGAGGAACUCUAUAUGAUUCUAUGUGUGUAUUAUGUUUAAUUAUAAUAUAAUGAUGAGCUUAAUUUGUAUAGCACUUUACAAAACACAGUUACAAAGGGCUCUAUGAGACAAAUAAGAUAGUAUACACUAUCAAGAUAAAAAAGUUGAACAAAACCUCAGACCAGAUACAUCAGAGUGUGUAUGAAUAAAUAAAUAAUGAAAUAGAUAAAAGAAGGAUAGAAACUAGACAAACAACAGAUUUACUGUAAAAAGCCUUCUUGUAAAGUGUGUUUUGAGGAGUGUUUUUAACGAAGACACUGAGUUUGCUAACCUAAGUUCCUCAGGUUAGGAGAUCCACAGCUGUGGGGCUUUAACAGUAAAUGCCCCGUUUCCUUUUGUAACAACAGGAGCUGUGGGAACAGUUAGGAAGGUCCUACCUGAGGAGCGCAGGCAGCGGCUAGGCUCAUAGGGCGUAAGUAAAUCUAUACUGUAUGUUGGAGCGAGGCCAUGUAGGGCUUUAAAAGGAAUUAGUAAGAGUUAAAAUGAUUCUGUACUUAACAGGUAGCCUGUGUAGCGUUGCAAGGAGGGGAGUUAUGUAGAGUUUUGAACAAGUCCAUACCCACUGAGUUGGAGAAUAAUAAUUUAAACUUAAAAAACAAUUGAAUUUUCACAGAAAUGACUGAAAUGUUGAGACAUAGGCCUGCUGUAAAUUUAAAAAAAAAUGGUUUCUUACACCUGUUGAAAUCAAGAAGGCCUCUUAACCACAAGGCCAUAAUUCUAUCUUAUUGCUAUGGGCUACUUCAUUUGCACUUUUCUAAAUUUUAAGGUUUGUCUCAGUAUUAUAUUAGUAUUAAACAAUGUUUUUGUGUUUAAAGAAAAGCUUUAAGAUUCAAGUAUUGAGUGGGGUUUAACACAAGUGUGAGACUGAAGUGGCAGAUAUGUUUUAGGCCUUCACUGUGCUGUGUAUCAGACUGUAACAUUCAACCCUUUGAUAAUGACUGAGAUGCCAAAACAUACAUCUUGUGUUUAGUUCAUUCAUGUUCGUGUCAGUAUCACAAUUAAAAGUGUCAUUGAGAUUUGGUUGUGAGACUUCUGCAGGAGGCAAAAUGAUGUUGUAUCAUAUUUUUAUAUUCAGACCAAAAUACAAGACUUGAACCAGAGUUUGCUACAAUACUUUAAAAGUGUCAAAUAUAGUGUAAAUUCUUUUCCACUUCAUUCAUAUAUUGUACCUAUUUUUAUAUUUCGUACCUUUACAAAUGUUUCCUCAUGUCUGUGCACUUUGUUGUGUUCAUGUGUCAGAGUGGUAUCAAUGUUCUCAUCUAACUUACAGAGGAGUGAAUAUGUUUAUUUUCUAAAAUGUUGAACUUUUCCUUACGUACAACAAGCCAGAGUGUGUAGUGUCACUGUCAAACUGUUUAUGGUGUAAAUGUUAUACACUUGUAUCUUGCCUUUAUGUGAUUUCUAUCAGUUCUGUUUAUCUGUUUAAAUGCUACUAUACUGUUGAAUAAAACAUGCUGACAUUA